AUGAAAACGAAAGCGAGGGACACCCUUUUCACUUUCACUGACAUUAACCUGACUUUAAAAGAAAAGGCUAUUCUCACAAACAUCAAUGGAGAAGCCAAAAGUGGACAGAUUUUGGCGAUCAUGGGUCCCUCAGGUUCGGGAAAAACAUCUCUCCUCAACAUUCUGGCAGGGGAUCUUCCAAUGUCAUCAGGAACUGUAACUGUGAAUGGAAAGCCCUUUACAAAGUUACAAAAGCGAAAACUUGCUUACGUAAUACAGAGUGACAUUUUUUUGACAAAACUCACUCUGAGGGAGACAUUAUACUUUACCGCCAUGAUUCGACUUCCCGAUCACGUGUCAAAAGCAGACAAAAUGGCGCGAAUCGAUGAAAUUGUGGAUGCGCUUCAUUUAAGAAAUUGUCUGGACACAAUCAUUGGUGACUUCAUGCAUCGUGGAUUGAGUGGAGGAGAGAAAAAGAGAGCUAACAUAGCGUGUGAACUUCUCACAGAUCCUAACAUUAUGUUAAUUGAUGACCCAACUUCCGGUCUUGAUUCUAGCACUGCUCACGUGCUGAUGGAAGAACUGAAGGACUUUGCCUCUCAGUACAACAAAACUUUGCUGAUUACCAUACACCAGCCUUCCAGUCAAAUCUUCCACAUGUUUUCUACACUACUCUUACCUGUCAGGGGUCACGCAGCCUACUUUGGGGGUGCGCAAAUGGCAUUGAAAUACUUUAGUGACCUCGGCCUUGACUUUCCAGACCAAUAUAAUUCAUCUGAUAUCCUGUAUGUUAAGCAACUUACAACAGAACUACUUACAACAGACAAAGAAGUAGUUAAUAAAAUUAUAAAAGCAUCGACAUUGAAAGGCAAAAUACAAAACUCGGAGAAGAAAAACUGUAUAGGUAAUGGUGUAGUUAACGGUAUUCACAGUAAAGAAGGAAAUGGAAAUGCCCAGGAUUCCGUGUUAGGUCUUGGUUACUACAAAAAAGAUGCAUGUACAUCCGAAAUAGUGUUGGAUAUUUCCUCUUUGGAAAAAGGUGUUCAAGCAAGAGUGGAAACGACAGGACCCUCGUACAACAAGAAAUGGCCGACCUCGUUUUGGACACAGUUCAAAAUGCUUUCUUGGCGAAAUGCCAAACAAUCAAGAUGGCGGAUUUUUGACGAAUGCAUCUUGGCGCAUGCGGCAAUCGUUGCUAUUGCGUAUUGUGUUUUGUAUUACCAGAUACCCGGCGGAAUUGAGACGCUUCGCGACAGAAUGGGGGCCGUUUUCUUUCCUUUACUAUUUUGGGGAUUUGCUAUGGUGACAGACUCUGUGACUAGUUUUAUAGGAGAACGCGAAGUGGUGGUUAAGGAGAGAAAAGCAGGGGCCUACCGAUUGUCCGCGUACUACAUAGCCAAGAUGGUCAGCGAACUGCCAAUGCUCAUCAUAGUCCCUAUAGUUCAACUUUCUGCCAUGUAUUGGAUGGCUGGGAUAGGAGGACCUAUAGCAUUUGCAAUGUUCAUCGGGAUCAACCUUCUAAAUUGUUUUACUAACCAGAGCAUUGGAUAUAUUAUUGGUGCUUGCGUUCCAAAGUUUAAAUACAGCAUAACAACCGUAAACACAAUAAUGGUCCUAUUUUUCAUUUUAGGUGGAUUUUUCAACACUCAUUUUCCUAUCUGGUUUGCCUGGGCUAAAUAUCUAUCUUUCCUGUACUAUCCAUUUGCAGCCAUUGUGACCUUGUUGUUUGGAGACAUUGAGCCUUUCAGUUGUGGGUCCUCCCAAACGUUCAAACAGUGCCAAAACGAAACAGAACUUGUAACCGGAAGUGACGUUUUGCACAGUUUGGGGAUUGACAUCCCUGUGUAUUGUAGCAUUGGAAUGAUGGCUGUAUUGGUUGUGGUAUUACGUAUCAUGGGGUAUUUUGCUUUAAAAUACAGGUUGUAAAACACAAACACACACACACACACAGAGAGAGAGAGAGAGAGAGAGAGAGAGAGAGAGAGAGAGAGAGAGAGAGAGAGAGAGAUCUCUUAAAUAUGACGUCUUCUAAUUUAAAGAUAAAGUUAUAUACCAGUAUCUCAUAUGUAACUGUUUGGUCUGCAGUUUAAGUCUUUCUGUGAGUGUUUGUAUGCCGCACAAAUAACAGAGCAUGCUUGAUGAAAGUUUUACUGUGUUUGAUGGUAAAUAACAGACACUAUAAUGAGAAAAUUCAAAAGAGGAAUGUUGCCCGCCUGAACGUUUACCUUCUCCCACUGCUGUGUUAGAUAAGUUUAUCUAAAUAAAUUGUAUCAACUCUAAUUUGAUGUGUUAUACCUAUUUUUAGUAUAAAAUAUUUACUCGGGCGCACUAUUGCACAUUAGUUGAUUUUUCUUCGGAUAAAACCCUGCACCCUGAGUAAUUGUGGCCAGGAGCCUUGAACUCUAACGUCCAACAUUUGAUUUUUGUUUUAUAACAUUAAAAUAAUUUGAAUGCACAAAACAUUAACCAUUAUUGAUGGAAUUAAAAUACCGGUAGAUGUCAACAUAAUGGUUUACUUUUUGUAUCCUUCUUUUAGGGUAUUUUCAGCCCCAAGUUUUUCUGUCUCCAACGUCAAAGUACAAACUAUAAAGGACAUCGUUGUUCUCCAAAGUUUCUCUCUAUUUCCUUUUCUAAUAAAACAAUAAAAUUAGAAGCUUAACGCUCCGAUAUUUUAAUAUUUAUUUUUCUAGGAAAUAGGUUUCAUGCAUUCAGUUUCGAAGGUCUUCAAUCGUCAUGUAUACAUUACGUCAUCAUGAUUGAAUCAUGGUUUUAACCUUAGGAACUGAUGGUUUUUAGUUUAUCAUAAAAUGGUUUUCUAUGCAAGUCAGGAAAAAAAUAAUUUCCGUUUCUACCUACAUUUUAAGGGUUUUACAUUAUUUAUAAAAUGUAAAUACUUAUACUUAUGUUUAAAUGACAUAAGAUAUUAAAAUAAUAAUCAUUACAUGUAUGGGUGCUAUACAUAUGUCUUUCCCAUAUCUAGAUCUAGAGGGGUGGCCUUAAUAUUCUUAUCAUCAAAGCUAGAUUUAUGGCUGAUCAGAGGUCCAUUACAUGCUGAUAUCAUUUGUGUUGUCCUCUAACAAUUAUUAAGUCUCACUGACCAUCUGAUGUAAGAAUAAAUAUAUCAUAUUAAAUAUCUUUACUGAGAGUUAUUCAAGAACAGUAUUUUUUCUUUCCAUGAUUUUUACUAUUUUUCUUAACUAAGUCUCUGUGAAACUUUUGUCAAGCAUAAAUAUAUAUAUUUUUAAAUUGGACACGUAUAGAUGUUAGGACCCUAUUAACACAAUUCGAUGCCACGAGUAAUAUGAGAUGAUUUACCAAUCAAAACAUUUUCGUAAUCAAAUGAAAAUCAAUUGAGAAAGCUUUUUGAUAUUCCCUGUACUCAGUGACGGUCCGGUUGCUUUUGUUGUUUCCACUCUACAUCAGCCCUUCGGGUAUGAGACCUUCGAUAGGGAAAAUUAUUUCCCUCCUUAACAUUAAUAUAAUCUAUCUUGUACCCUACGUUGACCAAGAGGAAUUAUUGUUUAAAAUCCCAGCGCUUCACUUUUGCUAGACGCUUUGAGAAUAAAAGACGUAUACUUAAUAUUAAUUACAACUCUUGGUCAUAUUUCAUAGAUAGGCAAUAUUUCAUAUACUUUUCAGUUAUAUAUGAUCAUAUAAUUAUGUGUUCAUUUUAAAUUUUUAGUACAUGUAACAGAUUGAUGUAUUUGUUUACUUUAAUAUGUUAUUUGUUUUUUUCUUUGUUCUUUUGUUAGAUUAAGUCAUUUACGUACAUCCAAUUGUAUGCUGUUGGAAUGCUUAAAUUACAAACUUAUUUAGAUUUGAUUGAGAGAGUGUAGUGUGUGUGAGUGGGGCGAGAGAAUGAGAGAGAGAGAGAGUGAGUGGGGUGCAAGGGAGCGGUGUGUGAGAGAUAGAGUGGGGUGCGAGUGGGUAGUGCGAUAGAGAGUCCGGUGUGAGUUAGUUUGGCGAGAGAGAUAGAGUGGAGUGUAAGUUGGCCGAGGAAGAGAGAUAGAAUGGGGCGAAAGAGAGAAAGUGGGUGCGAGGGAGUUGGGCG